UCACUGUCCAGGUUUUGCCUGGGAGGUUGGGUUGGCUGGAGCGUCCCUUAAAUCUGGAGUCUUUUUAAAAGGUAAAUGUACCCCUAGAAUGUUGCAAUGUGGGGGGAGACUGGAUCGAGCUCUGCCGCGUAGACAUGACUGACCUUGGACUUCACAUGGGACAGGUGGGCAGCAUUAGCCUCCUAAGACCCUUCUGGGCCUCCAGGGCACAAUCCUGAAGAAUUUAAUAAGGAAACUCCAAUGUUGUUAUUUAUACCUCCCUUGUUCCAGAGAGGACUUAAGGUGGCUUCAGAGAUUCUCAAGGUCAUUUUGGACAGGCCAUGGCUGAUCAGGACCUACCUGGAGUUCUGGUGUCUGAUCUUGAAGGACCACAUGGUAUAUGUGAAGAUCAUGCUGAAGACCUGAAGAGACACUUUAAUCUCAUUACCAUGCAAGACUUUUUGGAAAAUAAAGCACAGCUGGGUCCCCAGAUCCAAGCUGUGUACAUCUGGUGUGGAAGGCCGGCCGUCAGCCAGGAGCUCCUGCACAGCCUGCCCUCCUUGAAGAUCGUGGCCAGCGCAGGGGCAGGGCUGGACCACCUGGACCUGGGGCUCGUGGCCAGCUUUGGUGUGAAGGUGGCCAACACACCACAUGCUGUCUCCAGCCCCACAGCAGACCUGGGGAUGGCCUUGCUGCUUGCUGCAGCUCGGAGAGUCGUGGAAGGUCAUCAGUUGGCUGUUUCACCACAUACAGAGAACUUUCCUACAGACUAUAUGGGUCAACAGGUGACAGGGGCCACUCUGGGAAUUAUCGGCAUGGGCAGCAUUGGCUAUAAGAUUGCUCAAAGGGCCAAAGCAUUUGAAAUGAAGAUUGUCUAUCACAAUAGGAAACGCAGAAAAUUGGAGGAGGAGGAAGCUCUUGGGGCCAUUUACUGUGAGAGGCUGGAUGACCUCCUUCAGUGGUCAGACUUUGUGAUGUUGGCUGUGAGCCUGACGCCACAGACCCAGGGCCUGAUCGGGAAGCGGGAGCUGAGGUUAAUGAAGCCCACCGCCAUCCUCGUCAACAUUGGCAGAGGUCUGCUAGUUGAUCAAGAAGCCCUGGUGGAAGCCCUUCAGACUGGGCUCAUUAAGGCAGCAGCGCUGGAUGUGACGUACCCAGAGCCCCUGCCCAGAGAUCAUCCUUUAUUGGAGUUGAAGAACGUCAUUCUGACACCUCACAUUGGAAGUGCAACUCAUCAAGCAAGACGACAGAUAAUGGAAAAUUUGGUUGAAAGCAUCCUGGCUUCUCUCAGUGGCCUUCCUAUUCCUAACGAAGUGCUGCUUAAAUGAUUUAUGUGAGUUAAGAGUUCAGUGGGAUGGAAACUGCAGAUUAAAUGGGAAAGAAACA